AUGUUAUCAAGUGACCGUGUACACGACAUUGAGAAUGACGCUGUACAUACUAUAAUCCAAGUGAAUGGGUCAUCUCCAAAGACACCGCCAAGUUACCACCAUAACUAUGAGUCAUCCCCGGAGACAAGGAGCACAACGUCUACUGUUUCCGGAUCAAGUCCAGCACCCCGAGCAGUAUCCGCUGAUGUCUCCCGUCGUUCCCGUACCUCAUGUGUCUCUCUGUCAACAGACUCCAUAAAUCGUCUGCAUCGAACAUCAAAUCUAUUCCAACUCCAUCCAGAAACUGCAAGGACUGCUGAACAAAAACAGAAAUCUCUCUCGAUUGAAUCUCUAACAAAAGUUCCAGAAAAAGAGAAAGGAAAUCGAUUUGUUCGUAAAGUUUCCACGUCAUUCCGGCUGAGAAAAAACCUGUUGGAAACGGAUGGGGAAGAGAAAAAGAGCAAAGAGGAGAAUAAGAAGAAGAGCUCAGUGACAACGUCUCCUGAACAAAUAUCCUCGUUUCUGGAGAAAAUGGCAACGAGAUCUCUGCCACAGUCACCGAGAACUGAUAGGAAGGCAAAGUUGUAUUCGUCGUUGAACAGUACGACGGAAAAAGUGUCGAAUGCAUUAUCAUGGCUUCCAUCGAAAUCUUCAAAACGACUGAUGAAGAAUAAGAGUGCAACUCAUGAUCUAAGCACCUCCCUCAUCAGCUACACACCAGCCAGUACCAGUACUCAAGGAGUGAUUGCAUCGAAUGAGAAUCUGGAACUGUUAUGCUCAACUUCCACUUCUGGAAUUCCGAUUUAUUUGGAGAAAUGCAUUGAGUUUAUUGAGAAUAAUGGAGGAUUCGAGCAAGAAGGAUUGUAUCGGGUACCUGGAAACCAGACACAUCUCGCCGAGGUGGAGAAGAGGUUUUUGAAAAGUGGCGAAUUCGACGUCUCCUCAUUCGACACACCUGUUCACGUGGCAGCUACAGCUCUCAAAAGUUUCUUCUCUUGUCUUCCAGAAUCUCUGAUUCCAACUGAUUAUCAUUCAAGGUGGAAACAAGUGAUGAUGGCUGCGGAUGAUAAGGAGAAAAUCGACGGAAUCCGUGAAGCCCUAUCCCACCUGCCUCAUUCAAACCAAACAGUUCUCCGGUAUCUAGUCAAACAUCUUGCAAUAGUGUCAUGUUCACCAAAGACCGUCAUGAAUUCGAAUAAUUUGUCAAAAGUUUGGACACCCACCCUCUUCAGAAGCAGUUUGGAAAAUGACCGACCCUCAAUACUCGCACCUUCUUUCACAACUUCUGGAAUACAACUGUUAACAAAACCCGACAUUACAAAUCGAAGUAGACGACAGAAAGCAGUUAAUUCCAAUAUUAGGAAUCGUGUAACCCGAACAGAUUCACUAAUCAUGUCACACUUCUAUAGUUCCCCUAUUGAAAUUCAACCAGCACCAUUGGCAACACCGGAAGCUGUCGAUUUCUCACCUGCUUAUUCGUUGGUUAAUGACGCUGUACACACAAUCAUCCAAGUGAAUGGAUCAUCUCCAAAGACAGCGACAAGUUACCACCAUAACUAUGAGUCAUCCCCGGAAACAAGGAGCACAACGUCUACUGUUUCCGGAUCGAGUCCAGCACCCCGAGCAGUAUCCGCUGAUGUCUCCCGUCGUUCCCGUACCUCGUGUGUCUCUCUGUCGACUGACUCCAUAAAUCGCCUGCAUCGAACAUCAAAUCUAUUCCAACUCCAUCCAGAAACUGCAAUGACUGCUGAACAAAAACAGAAAUCCCUCUCGAUUGAAUCCCUUACGAAAGUUCCAGAAAAAGAGAAAGGAAAUCGAUUUGUUCGUAAAGUUGCCACGUCAUUCCGGCUGAGAAAAAACCUGUUGGAAACGGACGGGGAGGAGAAAAAGAGUAAAGAGGAGAAUAAGAAGAAGAGCUCAGUGACAACGUCUCCUGAACAAAUUUCUUCGUUUCUGGAGAAAAUGGCAACGAGAUCUCUGCCACAUUCACCGAGAACUGAUAGGAAGGCGAAGUUUUAUUCGUCGUUGAACUGUACGACGGAAAAAGUGUCGAAUGUAUUAUCAUGGUUUCCAUCGAAAUCUUCAAAACGACUGAUGAAGAAUAAGAGUGCAACUCAUGAUCUAAGCACCUCCCUCAUCAGCUACACACCAGCCAGUACCAGUACUCAAGGAGUGAUUGCAUCGAAUGAGAAUCUGGAAUUGUUAUGCUCAACUUCCACUUCUGGAAUUCCGGUUUACUUGGAGAAAUGCAUUCAGUUCAUUGAGAAUAACGGAGGAUUCGAGCAAGAAGGAUUGUAUCGGGUACCUGGAAACCAAACACAUCUCGCCGAAGUGGAGAAGAGGUUUUUGAAAAGUGGUGAAUUCGACGUCUCCUCAUUCGAUACACCUGUCCACGUGGCAGCUACAGCUCUCAAAACUUUCUUCUCUUGUCUUCCAGAAUCUCUGAUUCCAACGGAUUAUCAUUCGAGAUGGAAACAAGUUAUGAUCGCUGCGGAUGAUAAAGAGAACGGAGGAUUCGAGCAAGAAGGAUUGUAUCGGGUACCUGGAAACCAAACACAUCUCGCCGAAGUGGAGAAGAGGUUUUUGAAAAGUGGUGAAUUCGACGUCUCCUCAUUCGAUACACCUGUCCACGUGGCAGCUACAGCUCUCAAAACUUUCUUCUCUUGUCUUCCAGAAUCUCUGAUUCCAACGGAUUAUCAUUCGAGAUGGAAACAAGUUAUGAUCGCUGCGGAUGAUAAAGAGAAAAUCGACGGAAUCCGUGAAGCCCUAUCUCAGCUGCCUCAUUCAAACCAAACAGUUCUCCGACCGGUGUUCACUUCGUAUCAAGAACUAUCAUCUGGUAUAAUUGCAUUUCAAUUGGCAUUGGAACUACUCAUCAUCAAUUCCGAUUCACUUUUCUCUCUCAAUACGCUUCUGUGA